GCUAAAAUAAUCUGAUGCCCCAGAGAGAGGAGGCAGCGCAGCCCCAGGCGUUGGCUGCUUUCAAGGAGGCCGGAGCCCCUGCAGCGCCGCGCCCCUGGGGAGGAUGCGCCCCGCGGAGCCGCCUGGGCCUGCGGGAGCCGUGAGUAUUUCCUCGGUGGCGGCUCCCCGCGGGGCAGCCGCUCCCCUUCUCGAGUGCUGCUCUUGAGAUGGAGUUGCUGCCCCUUUGGCUCUGCCUGAGUUUUCACUUCUUGACAGUGGAAUGGAGGAACAGAAGUGGAACAGUCACAGCGACUUCCCAAGGGGGCUGCAAGUCGGUGGGUGGAGUCGUUGACUGCCGAGGGGGGCACUUUGCUUCAGUGCCCAGCAGUCUCCCGUCCCAUUCCCACAAGCUCAUCCUGGAUGCCAACCCACUCAAGACCCUGUGGAAUCAUUCCCUGCUGCACUACCCCUUCCUGGAGAACCUCAGUCUGCGCAGCUGCCUCCUGGAACUCAUUGGCCAGUGUGCCUUCCAGAAGCAACCCCACCUGCGCAGCCUGGCUCUCGCUGACAACUCCCUCUCAGAGAAUUACAAAGAGGCAGCAGCUGCUUUCCACUCUCUUCUGGAUCUGCAGAGGCUGGACUUGUCUGGAAACUCCUUGACGGAAGACAUGGUGGCCCUCAUGCUCCAGAACCUCUCUUCACUGGAGUCUGUGUCCCUGGCAAAGAACACCAUCAUGAGGCUGGAUGACUCAGUCUUUGAGGGUCUGAAGCACCUCAGGGAGCUGGAUUUGCAGAGGAACUACAUCUUCGAGAUUGAGGGUGGCACUUUUGAUGGCUUGACUGAGCUGAGACACCUCAACCUGGCCUAUAACAACCUUCCUUGCAUUGUGGACUUUGGCCUCACGCGGCUACAGUUCCUCAAUGUCAGCUACAAUGACCUUGAAUGGUUCCUGGCAUCGGGGGGUGAGGCUGCCUUUGAGCUGGAGAUGCUGGACCUCUCUCACAACCAGCUGCUGUUCUUCCCGCUCCUGCCCCAGUGCAGCAAGUUGCACACCCUCCUUCUGCGGGACAACAACAUGGGCUUCUACAGGGACCUGUACAACACCUCGUCGCCACAAGAGAUGGUGGCCCAGUUCCUCCUGAUGGAUGGCAACGUGACCAACAUCACCACCGUCAAUCUCUGGGAAGAGUUUGUCUCUAGCGACCUCUCCAAUCUCCGCUUCCUGGAUAUGAGCCAGAACCAGUUUCAGUACCUGCCUGAUGGCUUCUUGAAGACAAUGCCUUCCCUCUACCACCUGAACCUCAACCAGAAUUGCCUGAUGACACUCCACAUCCGGGAGCAUGAGCCCCCAGGAGCACUCGCUGAGCUGGACCUGAGCCAGAACCAGCUGUCAGAGCUGCAGUUGGCUCCAGGGCUCACCAGCUGUCUCAGUAACCUCCGGUUGUUCAACGUGAGCUCCAAUGAACUCCUGGGUGUCCCAACGGGCCUUUUUGCUAGUGCCACUAACAUCACUACAAUUGACAUGAGCCACAAUCAGAUCUCACUGUGUCCCUGGCCGGCUCACUUAAACCGGGUGGACCCCCCGAGCUGUGUAGAUUUUAGAAAUAUGGCAUCUUUGAGGAGCCUCUCUUUGGAGGGCUGUGGGCUGGGGGCCUUACAAGACUGCUCAUUCAAGGGGACCUCCCUCACUCACUUAGACCUGUCCAGCAACUGGGGGGUUCUGAAUGGGAGCCUCGCCCCUCUCCAGGAUAUUGCCUCCACGUUACAGGUCCUGUCUCUUGGCAACGUGGGUCUCAGUUCCAGCUUCGCGGCGUUGGACUUCUCUGGGUUUGGGAACCUGAAGGACUUGGAUCUGUCAGGAAAUUCCUUGACCAGUUUCCCAAGGUUUGGGGACAGCCUGGCCUUGCAGACCCUGGAUCUCCGCAGAAACUCGCUCACAGCCUUUUCCCAGAGGGCAGUGUCUGGGCAGCUCAUGAGGAGUCUGCGGACCAUCUACCUCAGUCAGAAUCCGUAUGACUGCUGUCGGGUGGAGGGCUGGGGGGCCUUGCAGCGCCUGCAGACACCACAUGUUGCCGACUUGGACAUGGUCACCUGCAACCUCUCCUCCAGGGUAAUUCGUGUGGUGGACCUGCCUGAGAGCGUGCCUCGGGACUGUAAAUGGGAGCGGGUGGACAUGGGCCUGCUCUACCUCGUGCUCAUUCUCCCCAGCUGCCUCACCCUGCUGGUGGCCUGUACUGUUGUCUUCCUCACUUUUAAAAAACCUCUGCUUCAGGUCAUCAAGACGCGCUGCCACUGGUCCUCCAUAUACUGACCCUGGCUACUGGCCAUGGUGAGAAAUUUGCUCUGGGUGUGUAAAGACACUUUCUCUGUGUCAGAUUUCAAGAUAUGAUGCAGAGGCCAAGUCCCAUGAAUUGAGGUUUUAAUUAAAAUUAAAGAUGUUUCCAUCCCUUAGUCUCCCAAGUUCUUCCCCCAUCAUCAUGCAUAAUCAUCAUCCUGGUAAAGUAUUUAUUAUGUAACAUUCUAUGAAAAUAAAAGACAACGUGUCUCAAAUAUUUUUUUAAUCAAA